UAUAAUUUGAUAUAAUAAUGGCAGAGGUUUAGAUCAGAGAACUGCGUUCCCACGUUCUGUGGGCAAUCACCAGGUAGACUAGGGUUUCUCUGUCUUCAUAUUCAAUGAACUGUGAGAAAUAUGAAUUCUUCACUCUUCAGUCAGUAGUCUUCAAUUUAAUUUAGACAGGUAUUCUUAAUAUUGGUUGGAAAAGCACUUGGAAUAUGACAAAGUGCAAAUAUAUUGCUGUUUGUAGUUAUCCCACCUGAAGGGGGCAACCUAAUAAAUGAAUCAGAGGAAGCCAUACAGACAGACACCUCCCCAUGGUCUACUACUGCAUGUAAUACAGAACAACAUGAAGCAUCAACAGUAGGACAGAGGGUGUCAAAGCUCUGUGAUAGAUAGAUUAGCAUUGUACUGCUGCUUACCUGUUCCACUUCAAACAGACUGACUAGUCAUGAGAAAUUGGCUGGUCCUGCAUGUUCUGGCUGUAUGCUGCUUUGAACUGAUAGCUGGGGAUGAAAUUACUUCUUUAAACCAUGAAGUCAUCAAGUCAGAGGGAGAAUCUGUGACUCUGAGCUGUUCAUAUGAUACAAGCCAAGAUCGUCCUUGGCUUUACUGGUAUCGGCAUUAUCCUAACCAGGCUCCUCAAUUUCUACUGUAUAAAGGUGCCAGAUCGAGUACACGUGAACAUAUCCCUGAUAAGAGAUAUACAUCCACAACGUCCGAUACCUCAACUGAACUGAAAAUACAACAUCUAACCCCGGCAGACACAGCUCUCUACUACUGUGCUCUUGACUCAACACAAGGUGGAGCUUCAAAGUCAAUGAGUGCUUUGACAGUACAGUAUGUAGUCUACAAUAUGUUUGAGGAGAGGAUAGUGAUACACUCUUACCUGACAAUGCAUGAAGCCAGUCAUUCAGACACCAUAAAGAUGUUUUAUGCAAUUUUGCUUUUUUCAAUGUUCUUUGGUAGCAGUUAUGAGGAGGAAAUAAUAUCAGCCACAACUGAAGAGCGUGUUUAUGAGGGUGAAGGCAUUACUUUAUCCUGCAACUACACUGGCUCCUACAGUACUGAUACUUUACUGUGGUACCAACAAUACCCCAGAACAAAACCAGAAUUUCUGCUUCUACUCACUGAAGGAGGGUUAAAGACACAUAAUGAAUCGACCCACCCUCGACUGUCUGUUAAACUAAAUGAUGAGAAGACCUGUGUGGAUCUGGAGAUCUCCUCUGCUGAAGUGACAGACUCUGCUCUGUACUACUGUGCCUUGCAGCCCACAGUGACAGGAAACCCAGAAAUACUGUACAAAAACAUGUCAAGUGCUUUGGAAAGAAACCUAUGAGAAGCAGAGGAGCUACAUGCAGGCAAGAGAGGAGUAAAUAUUCAGAGAUCGCCAAGAUUAUGUUUCUACAUGC